UGCAGCCACAGAACUGCAUUUGCAAAGGAGCAGAUCGGCUUUAACCUGAGAACCAGGGCACGAAAACCAUCCAUGCAGAGACAUCAGUUUCCCAGCAGAAAUGCUGGAGUUUCUAACUACGGAGAACUGAGGUUUUUCCGGCCCAGUGCAUAGUGGAAAACAUUGUUUUUUAAGUCGGCCAAAUCUUCCUUGCGUUCCCUCCCUCCUUCUCCUUUCUCUUCCUUUGUCCCUGUUCCCUGGUCGCCGUCUCCACACAGGAGCUGCUGGGCAGGCGACGGGGCGGCUGGAGGACUCAGUCCCCCUGCGCUAGAAUGGUCGCAGUGGGAGACACUCAGCCCCGAGCUGGCUUUCCAGGAGCAGGUUUCGGUGCAGCUUCCCUGCACUUCGGCUGCUAGAGUCCACGCGGAGAGCAGGGAGCCGCGCGGGAGCCCCCCGGCCCCAGGCGACCGACACUCGCGGGAGGGCGCGCCGCGAGCGCACAGGGGCCCGGCGUAACCUCACCAUGGAGUCCAGAGUCGCUCCUCUUUCUGUCCUGACCUUCUGCUGCCCCUGGACGCUCCAGCCACCAGUGUCCCUGGCCCCGUAAGAACAGCCGCCAGGAGGUGGGCACCAUGUUUUGCGCGAAGCUGAAGGACCUGCAGAUCACGGGGGACUGCCCCUUCUCGCUGCUGGCCCCGGGCCCGGCCCCCAAAGAGCCCGCGGGCGAGGCGGCGGGGGGCGGGCCCGCAGCUCCGCCCGGCCGGCAGGGCGUCUGUCCCCGCGACCCCGGGGAGAAGCCGCCCGCAGGGCCUCCGCAGAGGAAGAGCAGCCGCAGCCGCGUCUACCUGCACACUUUGGCAGAGAGUAUUUGCAAACUGAUCUUCCCGGAGUUUGAGCGGCUGAACCUUGCCCUUCAGAGAACACUGGCAAAACACAAAAUAAAGGAAAGCAGGAAAUUUUUGGAAAGAGAAGACUUUGAAAAAAUAAUGGCAGACCAAGCGAUUGCAGCAGGAGUCCCAGUGGAGAUCAUCAGAGAAUCUCUCGGUGAGGAGCUUUUUAAAAUAUGCUAUGAAGAAGAUGAAUACAUCCUAGGUGUGGUCGGAGGAACCCUGAAAGACUUUUUAAAUAGCUUCAGCACCCUUCUGAGACAAAGCAGCCACUGCCAGGAAGCAGAAAAGAAGGGCAGGUUUGAGGACGCGUCCAUCCUAUGCCUGGACAAAGAUCCCGAUUUCUUAAAUGUUUACUACUUCUUCCCCAAGAGGAUCACUUCCCUGAUUCUCCCCGGCAUCGUUAAGGCAGCUGCUCGCAUCUUGUACGAGACCGAAGUGGAGGUGUCCUCGACGCCCCCCAGCUUCCACCAGCACUGCAGCGAGUUCAUGGACCAGCCCUGCCUGCUCUACUCCGUCCACGUCAAGACCCCCCGACCGUCCCCACCCCCGGGGAAGCCCCCGUCCUCGCUGGUGAUCCCCGCCUCGCUCUUCUGCAAGACCUUCCCCUUCCAUUUCAUGCUGGACAGAGACAUGACCAUCCUGCAGCUGGGCGACGGCGUCAGGAGGCUGAUGAGCCGGAGAGACGUGCAAGGGAGGCCUCAUUUCGACGAGUACUUCGAGAUUCUCACCCCCAAAACCAGCCGGACGUUCAGCGGAAUCAUGACCAUGCUGAACAUGCAGUUUGUGGUCCGCGUGAGGAGGUGGGACAACGCCGUGAAGAAAGCUUCCAGGGUGAUGGACCUCAAAGGCCAGAUGAUCUACAUGGUGGAGUCCAGCGCCGUCCUGUUCCUGGGCUCGCCCUGCGUGGACAGGCUGGAGGACUUCACGGGCCGCGGGCUCUACCUCUCGGACAUCCCCAUCCACAACGCGCUGCGCGACGUGGUCCUGAUCGGAGAGCAGGCCAGGGCGCAGGACGGCCUGAAGAAGCGGCUGGGCAAGCUCAAGGCCACGCUGGAGCAGGCCCACCAGGCCCUGGAGGAGGAGAAGCGGAAGACGGUGGACCUCCUGUGCUCCAUCUUCCCCUGCGAGGUGGCGCAGCAGCUGUGGCAGGGCCGGGCCGUGCAGGCCAAGCGGUUCGGCGACGUCACCAUGCUCUUCUCGGACAUCGUGGGCUUCACGGCCAUCUGCGCCCGCUGCUCGCCGCUGCAGGUCAUCACCAUGCUCAACGCGCUCUACACCCGCUUCGACCGGCAGUGCGGGGAGCUGGACGUCUACAAGGUGGAGACCAUCGGCGAUGCAUACUGUGUGGCCGGGGGCUUGCACAAAGAGAGUGACACGCACGCUGUUCGGAUCGCAUUGAUGGCCCUGAAGAUGAUGGAGCUCUCUGAUGAAGUGGUGUCUCCCCACGGAGAGCCCAUCAAGAUGCGCAUUGGACUGCAUUCUGGGUCGGUUUUUGCCGGAGUUGUCGGAGUUAAGAUGCCCCGUUACUGCCUUUUUGGAAACAAUGUCACCUUGGCUAACAAGUUCGAGUCCUGCAGUGUCCCCCGGAAAAUCAACGUCAGCCCUACCACCUACAGAUUACUCAAAGACUGUCCUGGUUUUGUGUUUACACCUCGAUCAAGGGAGGAACUCCCACCAAACUUUCCUAGUGACAUUCCUGGAAUCUGUCAUUUUCUGGAAGCUUAUCAACAAGGAACAACUUCAAAGCCAUGGUUCCAGAAGAAAGAUGUUGAGGAAGCCAAUGCCAAUUUUUUAGGCAAAGCAUCGGGAAUAGAUUAGCCAAAUACACACCCAGUUGUUCGUCUUUGGGUCUGAGUCCUUGGAGCGUGUGUGGACCUUCUGAGAGCACCCUGGGAUGGCAGCAAGCUGCGGAGCAGUAGUAACAUUUCGGGAGCUAAGUCACCAUCUGCUUUUCCUUCCACUUAACAUGACAGAAAUGUAUUCACCUCAAUAUUCAACUCUUCAGUGAAAAAGAAAGAGAGAAAGAGAGAGAGGAGAGAGAAAGAAAGAAAGAAGGAAAGAAAGAAGCCUCAAAAAGUGACUUUGGGGGAAUAUUUCUGAUAUAUAAGAAUAGCUUAUAACCUGUACUCAGAACUCAGCGCCUUGUUCAUAUAUCGGGUGAUUGUAGUGACCUGUUCAACCUGGUGGAGUCGCCCGCCUUCUGCCCUGGCCAAACACCCUGGUUAUCAAAGCCCUUCUCAUAGUGUUGGUUGCCUUAAAAACGCUUUUUGAAUAGAAACCAUAGUCUUGGAUACCCUAAGCUCUUUGAACCUUUCAAGUCUGCAUUUUGUUACAUUUCCUCACUUAACUGUUAGCAUACAUAACAAAAUAGAUUGAGGCUUUCUUCUGUUGCACUUUUUUCUUUUUCUUUUUUUAGAGAAAAUAAGCCAUUAUGGGUUAGAUGCAAUAUGAAUCUAAAGUAGUUCUUCUGUAAAUAUCAAAGAUGAUUUUAUAAAAAUAUUCUCCACAACAUAAUGUGUCGUAACAAUAAAUAUUUCCUUUUUUGACAUUUUAAAAAGUCUAUAUAUGGGAAAGGCUAUUUUAAUUCAUAAGAGCAAUUUCAUUUCUAUUCAUUUUUGCGUCAUAAUCUUCAGGAUUAAAGAGGGUUACAGCCUACAUUAAAAUGCAAUAAUAUUAUUCUAAUUUACUUUACCCAGAAGCAACAUGGCGUAAAGGCAGCAUUCAGGGAAUUAAUCAUAACGUACAGAAGUAAAACAUUUACACACACAGCAGUAAUUUGGACCUGUUUCAGCAGACACCCUCCAUUGCCAGGCUGAGCCAUGUAAAGUUCCAUUAGGAAAAUCUAAGUUCAGGAGUGGCAAAUAAGACUUGUUCUUUUUGCUGACAGCUUAUGUUUUAAGUAUUUGUGUUGAACACUUUGGUGUGUAUAUAUGUCCUUGGAACCAUCAGGACUCUUUGUCUUAAGUACACAUCUGUGAAUUUUUUAUUCUAGCGAAAUUAAUUCAAUGAUAUUUUUAAAGAGGGUGUGAAUAUUGAUGAAGAAAAUUAUGCUGUGAUUUCAUUGUAGAAAUUUCAAAACAUUUUUCUGGAACGUGAACUUUUAAUAAUGUUAGUCUAAGAUCUCUGGUGAACUAAGUAACAUGCAGAAUUUGGUUGGAGAUAAGGAUCUGAUUUUUAAAAGAACGCAACUUCAAAGCAAGAGAAAGAUGAACAUUACAGUGUUUAAAUCAGUAUUAGCAGAGCUAUAGAUACACUGAACUCUUAUUUGGGGAUCUGAGGAGGAAGUCAGCUGGAAUUUUUAACAGUUAUCUCCACUAGUCCCCAGGCCAGGCCAUGGUGACCUCAGGAACAAAGGCCAUUACUGGCUGGCCUCUAGCAUCCCUGGCGUAUUACUAUACAUAUCACAAUACUUAUUAUUUACUCAGUGAUGCUCCAGUGUCUCGAGGUACUGAAUAGGGCUCAUUAAAUACCAAUCCUAUUAUUGGAGAGUAUCACAGGCCUUGGGAAAAUAUAGUUAUAGUCUCACAAUUAUAUGAAGUUAAUAAGAGUAUUUAAAAGGAAAGUAAAGACUUAAAUACAUUUUUCUUUCUGGAAAUGAGCCCUUAUCACAGGGAAAAUAUUAGGAAUUAAGGGAAAUUAAAAAGCAUAAAAUAAUGUGUCUUAUUUAUCACCUAUUUAAGCAGACCCAAAUUUGCUAAUAAUUUAUGUUCCAAAAGUUGUAAAUUAAUUAGAAUUCAAAAAAGAUUUUCUGUGUGUGUGUGUGUAAAUAUAUACACACACACAGACAUAGAACCAAUGGAGGAAAAUGUGAACAAUCUGAGUAAAAGCUCCAUGGGAAUUCCUUGUACUAUUCCUGCAACCUUUCCAUAAGUUUGAUAUUUUAUCCAAAUAAAAAGUUACCCAAAAUGUAUUUUCUCGAAAACAUUAAGCCAUCUGUGAUAGAUUCCCCAGGCCAGCCUGCAAAGGCUCGUUAACUAUGGGAUACCUCAGAGCCCUUAAGCAAGAUGGACAUACAACAUUUCCAUGAUGGAAUGCGCUCAAAAUCUGCAACUUGGGCGCUAAAAACUUUACGGAAUCCCUUUUCCAUCUCUGUCUGAUCCACUUCGGAGGGUGGCGGUGAGGGAGACGCGUUCAUGGCGAGACCGCUGAGGGUAGGCAGGGACGGAGCCCGAGGGUAUGUUCACAAGGAAAGCGAGGGACCCGGCCGGGGGCUUGAGGCUGGUGUGGAGUUGAGGAUGCAGAAAAGGAUGGACACAGGGUCUCCGGCAGGAGCCAAGGGUUCUGAACCUUACUGCCGAGUGAACUGUCCUAAAAUACAUACAAUGUGGGUCGCAAGACACGUGUUCCUCCUAAGGACGCCAGGAGCCGCUCUUCAGGUGCUGCUGUGUCCAUGCCUUCU